GGGUAAUGCGGAAGCCAUCACAGGCAGAUAGCGAGAGCAGUGAUUCACUUCGAUAUUUUAUUCUUGGCGUGAAGAUUUUUCAUCCGGAGUCCGUCUUGUUGCCAGGGUGAUUUCCAUGAGGAUUUACAUAAAGUUCAGAGUGUUGUUGUACCAGUAGUUAUCUGAAGAGGACAAGCCAGGACACUCCUACACUUAGGAAAUAUUAUCAGAGAGAUUACGUUGCUGUCCCAUUGUAAGCCCGAAUCUUCAGCCCUAAGGAGUUAUAACAGCAGUAUUUACUCCAGAAAAAUUCAAGGAUGAAUUCAAAAGAAAGGAACAUGAACCUGACAUUUAUUGACAGGAAAGAAAGAAAAAUCCAAAGUCCCUUGAGGGAGGUAGUUAGUCCCACAGGUCAUCUGUAUUUUCCAAUAGGAUCUUCAGGUCAGAGUUCAGCAGAAACUUUCCAAGGUCAAAGGUCACCACAAUCGGAGAAUCGAGACCUCACUCAAAGAUUAAGUGACAGUCAAGAAGAUGCAAGUAAUAAUAAUGGAUUAAGUUUGACUGACAGCACUUAUUUUGGCAAUCCUUUUCCUGGGAGUCUUACAUCAGAACAGGAAGCAGAAUUAUUACGCGAACUUGAACAGGAUUCUGUAACAGAAUCUUCUGGCCAGUUACAGUUUGACAUGCGAUAUAUUGACAGGAAAGAAACAAAUAUGCAAGACUUUUCACAGCACGGGACAGAAGAUUCACUGAAAAAAUUGUCAGGUUCUCACCAAAAUGAACAGCUGGACAAAACUGCCAUGACAGGAAAUCAAGAAAACCAUGUGAGGACAUUUUCAAAUUCUAUUUCCAUGGAGAUAAGUAGUCCCAUGAAUUCACCCUACAUAAGUGUGCUGUCAAACCCCCUGAGUUUUAAAGAUGAAGAUGAGGAAGAGAAAUGUGAUUCCCUAGAUAGAGCUUACGAAAUUCGUAGUACCACUUCUGUAAUGUUAUUCCAAGAGAGAAAUCUGUUUGCGGAUGAUAAGGAGGAAGCUGAUGCUGCAGAAACAAGCAGUGAGGAAAUAGGGGAGGGCUCAGUCCAACUGGAGUGUUCUGAUAGUUGGAGGUCAGAGUCCAUGGCUGCCAAGCUUUGGAGACAGGCUGAUUCACAGUCGUCAUCAGCAUCUGAAGACCUGCCAGAUGUGGAAGUCUUCCCUGCGGUAGCAUCGAUGGAAGACAUCAAAGGAACCUCAGAGGAACAGAAAUCUUUGACAGUUCAGGAAAGUUACAUUGCUACAUCUGUUGAGCCUUCACAUUCCAGGAUAGCUAUAUCCAAUUCGGUGUCUUGUACAGGAGAUGUCGGUAUGGAUCAGGAUCACACAUCAUCGCCUUCCUAUCAUGAGGACGUGAGUCAAGAAGUUAAAGAAGAAUUUGUAUCAAACACAAGUAUGCCUCAGAUGGCAGAACAAAUGUCUGCAACGACCACACAAACAAAACCAGCACCAGUAAAGAUGAUCGAGGUGGAAAGAAAAUUUGUCAUCACCACCAAAAGUGUGGACAAACUGAAGGAGCUGGGGGCAUUGUUGAAUGUGGAGAAAACAUUUACAGACAGGUAUUACGAUGAUCCAAAAUAUUCCCUGACCUUACAAAACUGUUGGCUUAGGAAGAGAAACGAGGACUGGGAACUUAAGGUGACCAGGCACGUGUCAUGUAAACUAUCAACACAUAAUGAGGAAAUCACAAAGGAAAGGGAAAUUGUCAAGUAUCUCAUACAACAUUAUAACAUGGAAGGAUUCUCCGAGGAACUUAGUGCGACAGAACUCGUGAAAAUCAUUGGCCUGGAAGAAUUUGCAACUUUCACAACUCAUCGUCAGAGCUACAGUCUUCCCGAGUGUACUGUCGACCUUGAUAUUACAGAUUUUGGUUUCCAGGUGGGAGAAAUAGAAGUAAUGGUUGCUCAUGAGAGCAGAAUUCCAUCGGCAUUAAACACAAUCGAGGAUAUGGCAAAGAAGUUAGGUUUUCAAUGUCUGUCAAAGCUGCAGUAGUCCACAGGUUUGAACGCAGAGUGGACUGAUGGUAAGCUUCCAACUUAUUUAUACCAAUAUAACAACAGACUCUAUCAAAUACUUGUUAAUGCUAGCGUCUUCUGAUUCCAAAACCACUGCUUAGAUGUAAAACCAACUUCAGAAUCACUGGUGACUGGUGUCAAAUCCUGGCAAGGUCAACUUCAGAAUCACCGGUGACUGGUGUCAAAUCCUGGCAAGGUCAACUUCAGAAUCACCGGUGACUUGUGUCAAAUCCUGGCAAGGUCAACUUCAGAAUCACCGGCGACUGGUGUCAAAUCCUGGCAAGUUCAACUUCGGAAUCACCGGUAACUGGUGUCAAAUCCUGGCAAGUUCAACUUCAGAAUCACCGGUGACUGGUGUCAAAUCCUGGCAAGGUCAACUUCAGAACACCGGUGACUGGUGUCAAAUCCUGGCAAGUUCAACUUCAGAAUCACCGGUGACUGGUGUCAAAUCCUGGCAAGUUCAACUUCAGAAUCACUGGUGACUGGUGUCAAAUCCUGGCAAGUUCAACUUCAGAACACCGGUACCAUGGUACCUGCUACCUGUAUCUGAAAUAUUUAAUGGUUUAAUAUAACAAAUUUUAUGGUUUCACAGGAAAAUUAAGUAUAUAUGUUGAUCUUGCUGCUAUUGUUAUUGGACUUUAAUUU